GAGGAGGAGGGAAAGAGGAAGAGGAGGAGGAGGAGGACAGCAUGACUGGUCCUUUGACGUGGAAGAUUUCCGUAAAGAGACGAUGGAGGUGUAGCAGCGGCGUGUAGCUCGAAGCUAUCCAGCACCAAUCAGCGAAGACGCGGCGUCUUUCCUGGCCCCGAACCGCAGUCAGACCAGGGUCUACCGGAGCUGGCAGACACCAGUCCUUCACAGACUGACCCCCUUUCUGCUCCCCGCCUCCCUCCGCUCAGCUACAAUCAUGAUAAAAGCCAUUUUAAUAUUCAACAACCACGGGAAACCAAGGCUUUCUAAAUUCUACGAGCAUUAUAGCGAAGACACGGAGCAACAGAUCAUCAGGGAAACCUUCCACUUGGUUUCGAAACGAGAUGAGAACGUCUGCAAUUUCCUAGAAGGGGGAAUGCUGAUCGGCGGGUCAGACUACAAGCUGAUCUACAGACACUACGCCACGCUGUACUUUGUGUUUUGCGUCGACUCAUCAGAGAGUGAACUAGGAAUUUUAGAUUUAAUCCAGGUGUUUGUGGAAACGCUGGACAAAUGCUUUGAGAAUGUCUGUGAACUUGACUUGAUUUUCCAUGUUGACAAGGUCCACAACAUCCUGGCAGAGAUGGUGAUGGGCGGGAUGGUCCUGGAGACCAACAUGAACGAAAUCAUCAUGCAGGUGGACGCCCAGAACAAGAUGGAGAAGUCUGAGGCCGGUAUAGCAGGAGCGCCUGCUCGUGCCGUAUCAGCUGUAAAGAACAUGAACCUCCCGGAAAUGCCCAGAAACAUCAACAUUGGUGACAUCAGCAUAAAAGUGCCAAAUUUACCCUCCUUCAAAUAGUGGUGGCAAGAUCCUGAACCUGCAGAUGUCAGCCAAUGUUUACCGUGAUGCAAUCUGUUUACCAAAACCUCAAAUUACUAACUUUUAUCGAAACUAUACAUCCUGAAGGUACUGCGUGAUUUGACACUCCCUUUUUGUUUUCUCUUGUGUUAUGUCUUUGGGUUUCCUGUUAAAGAAUGUUUAGUUGUUGUUUUUUUUUUUCCUGUUUGAAGGAAAAAAUUGAAUAUUUAUUUAUCCGUACUACAUUCCUUCUGCCUUCCUUCUGGAGGUUGGCUCUUGAUGUUCCUCCAGUACAGACAUGUGUCCGUUUGAAACUGAAAAGAUUUCACCUAUUCAAGUGUUUACUCAGAUGGCAGGAAGUAACAUUUUGGGAAAGUCUCACUGGUUCAGUUGUUCCAGACAAGAGCAAUCAAUCAAGGGAGAAAAGUAAAUGGAACAUUUUGAAUCUCAAAUUGCAACAGAUGUGCUACAGUAUUGAAAGUUAGACAUUACAGAAUAUUAUUUUAUUGCUGAUAUGCUGUGUGAUAGAAAUAUAAAUAUAUAUAUAUAUAUAUGUAUGCUGCAAAUUAUUUUUUUCUUUUCUUAUUUGUAUGCAAAAUAUUUUUAAAUGAUUUAUCAUGUCUUAUCAAAGAAUUCUCUUAAUUGUCAUCUGUGCAUGAGUUUGUUUUUCUUCUUUUUCAACCUAAUAAACUGUUGGAACUCAA